GGCUCGCGAAUGGUGUAUACCUACGUGCUCGUCAAAACGACGGUAACCUCAGUUUCGCAUAGUCCGUCGUCGCGUUCGCGUCUCUUCCUGUCUUUUCUUCUAUUAUAUGUGAGAGAAAUUUGUUUUUUUAUUUUAGGAAGAAAGUUAUGAAUUCAUAAUUCAAAGAGACAUAAAAGAAAUAUUUAGAAUCAGCUAAAUUUUCUGAAAGAAUUUUGUUAAUUUUGAUUAUUUAUUAUUUUUAGUCGUUGUUUUUAUGCAUGAAAAGAAUCAACGAACGGGUUCGGAAUUUCGUAAAAAUUGUUGAAGUGUACGUGGUGGACAAGUAGAGAAAGUUUGAUUUGUUGUUAAAUUAUGAGGAGUCAUCGGCGAACAAGUAUUUGAUAACACACACAUAUAUGCACGCACAUACACAUGUAUAGCUUUUAAAGUUAAUUAAAUAAGAUUAAAAAUUCUGACAUUUCAAUCUUGGGCAAGUCCAACGAUAGAUAUAAAAAUUCGAAGUAAAAUAUAUUUACGGACGAUAGCGUCGUCUUUGUACUUAAAUACGAAGAGAAUACCUAGGACGGUCUUUAAUGUUCAAUUGAACGAAUUAUCACGAAGUAACGGUGUACGUGCUUAAUUCAAUUUAUAUACUCGAUCCGAACUUCGUUAAUGAGACUAUCGAAAGUAAUCUGGUCGUGAACGGUAGUGCAUCUCGUGAAUCUAGUGAAAAGAGACAAUUUCGUAGAAAAUAAAGUGCUCGGUAAAUUUAACAUCUUCGAAAACGUUGAAAGAGGUAAGCCAGACGUUAACAUGAAAUAAAUCAGAGAUUAACAUUUUUCAAACAUGUCAGUGUAAUGAAAGAAAGAAGACAAAUUUUGUGUCAGGUGACUUCGACCUCAAGAAAAUCGAGGAAAGAUUCUGUUUACGGAUGAUCGCCGAAGAACGUGGCAAAACUUUUUUACGUUCCAAAACCAUCACAAAAUUGACAUGCUGUCUGACGACAUCGAAAAAAGACACACGAGGGACUCCACCAAUAUAUAUACUUCAUUCGAGAAGAAGACGUAAGCGUCGAGAUAAACGCUGGUUGGUUCACUUACUUUUUCGAUCUAUAAGGCUACUCUUCGGUAAUGUACCAGUUUGUGUGUAAUAUUUCGAACUUUGAAAGAAUAACUUAUUCGAACGACCACGUAUCUACUUGUUAAGAAGGAUACAUAUUAAAAAAAAGAAAAGAAAGACAAUAUUAAUAUCGCAAGAAAAAUGAAUCGUUUACAAGUGUUCGUUCUCAUGUGUUCUCUAUUUUCUGUGCCGUUUUUAACGGAGACCACGGAUGAAUCGGAAUACAUUUCGUUAACAGAAAAUUUGAAUUUUGUGAGUAUGAACAAUUGUACAAAUGACGCUUGCAUACCGGACGAAGAGUACCUCGAGAUUAUGUAUGACGACAUAUUUCCGAACUUCACCGAUUGGGUCAUGAUAAGUCUACAUAGCAUCAUUUUCAUCACUGGGCUCGUCGGUAAUUCCCUAGUCUGUUUGGCAGUUUGUCGGAAUCACUCAAUGAAGACUGUUACUAAUUACUUCAUCGUUAAUCUCGCUGUGGCUGAUCUCCUGGUUAUUCUGAUAUGCUUGCCGUCUAGUGUACUUUGGGAUGUAACAGAGACUUGGUUCCUUGGAUGGGGACUUUGCAAGACUAUACCGUAUCUCCAGACUGUCUCGGUGAGCGUUAGCGUUUUAACAUUGACAUGCAUAUCGAUAGACCGAUGGUAUGCUAUUUGUUAUCCCUUGAGAUUCAGAUCAACUACUAGAUGGGCAAAAACAGCUAUUGCUGUUAUCUGGACGGUAUCUUUUCUUUUUGAUAUUCCAGAUAUACUAGUACUCCAUACGGUACCAUCCGAAAGUAAAGUAAAGACGAUACUCUAUACUCAAUGCAAAUCUUCUUUAAGUCAUGAAAAACAAACUAUAUUUUGGGCGAUAAAGUUAACCUUUUUAUACAUCGUUCCAUUAAUUUUCAUGACUUUAACUUACUGGCAAAUAGUACAUGUUCUUUGGCGUAGCGAUAUUCCUGGACACAAUCUUACUAGUAGAGCCUGUCAGAUAGGUGAGACACGUUCUACCGGUGCUGGAAACCCUGAGGGUCAAUUGAGAUCUCGACGAAAAGCAGCAAAGAUGUUGAUAGCCAUAGUUGUCACAUUCGCCAUUUGUUACUUUCCAGUACAUCUUUUCUCGAUCUUAAAAUAUACCAUGCUUUUACCGUCCGGCGAAUGGUCGAUUAAAGUGAGCUUGUUCGUUCAUUGGCUUUGUUACGUCAACAGCGCAGCAAAUCCUUUGAUUUACAAUUUUAUGAGCGGUAAGUUCCGGCACGAAUUUCGACGUACUUUUCGAGAUUGUACUCCUGUGAGCAAUGCGAAUGGUCGCCAUACGACCCAUCGGCUCAGCAACUACGCUUAUAGAAUGGGUAAUGGCUACCAUUCUACGCUCCGAUGUUGUCGUGAUCCUUUUGUGUCCUCCAUAAAACGGCCGUCCUGUACAAAGAAAUCUAUAGACAUCACGAUGGAAACGAAUCUCGGUGGAACGGAUCACAAAACGGCGAACAGUUCCAGCCGCGAAGUCGAUUAUGCUUAGGGUGAGCUAUAUGCAUGAUUCUAGUAGUUAUUGGCCCAUUUCGAUAAGAUAGAGAAUGAUCUUUAUAUAUAAUAAUGAGAUCGUAGUUCUUUUAUAGUUUUAUAGCCAUGUAGCAUGUAAUAUCCGUGUAAACGGAAUGUAUAAUGUACAUAUAUAUUUUCUUCAUUUUCUACAUACAUUUUAUAAACACUGCGAUGAUAAAAAUUAUAUAAAUAAUAUUUAAAUUAUUAUUUAUAUACAAAUUGUUAUAAUAUAUAUCUCUCUUUUUUUUUAAUGUUAUAAUAUCUUUACAAUGAAUAUAAAAACUAGAUAUGUAUGUGUUUGGGUGUGUUAAAAAAAUCUACAUAUAUGUACAUAUACAUGCAUUAGUUGCGUAUAGAUAAGUUGUAUUUUGUAAAAGUUACCUUAGCUAAGUAGUUAGAGCAUUUCAGUUAUUGGCACAUAGUAAAGCAUUAAUUAUCAUAUUAAUAAUAAAUGGCCAAUAACUAUGUACAUCAAUAUUAUUGCACAUAUAGCUUACCCUUAGGCUAUCGGUAUAUGCUGGAUUUGUUUAGAUAUAAACAUAUUCUUAGAGUUCAAAUUUUCGUGUUAGAAUUAUCUCUCCUGAUUAAUAAAACGUAAUUCGCAGUUCUUCUGUUAUAGGUAAAUUUCGGAGACAAUUCAAACGCGCCUUUCCUUGCUUCAAGAAACGCAAAAAUCGAGCUCGAACGACUCGCAUCGCUAAUAUCACGAAUUAUUUCGCAGCAAGAUCUCGUGCAACAAUAAAGUCGAUACAGACUACAACC